GAGAGCUGCGGGUGGAAUAGCAAAGCAUGCAUGCAGCUGACUUUUAGGUCAACAAAAUAUCCGGAAUGGUUUAAACCACACGCCCGAUUUAACCUUUCCAUAAAACGGUUGAUUCUUCAAAGCUGUGGGAAUCCAGAUCAGUACAAUUCAGUUUGUUAACCUUGGGAGAACCCUUCUGUGGAGUUGGGAACCUUUUAACAGAGGAGUUGAACAUCAAAGUAAGGACAUUCUGCUUCAGAUAUACAAGGCAUUGGGUUUCGCAUUUCUGGAUUUCACAGGACAGUAUUUCACACCUUUUACAUCCAGUUUGUAAUAGCUUAAGUGGAGCAGGAGUACUGGCAGGGACUGGUUGGGAUAUUGCUAUGUGGAAACUUGUCAGCAAUGACUGAUGUUGAAACCUCGUAUGCAGACUUCAUUGCUUCAGGAAGGACUGGACGGAGAAAUGCACUGCAUGACAUCCUGGACUCUCCAUCUGGUGUAAACACAAGCGAUUUAAGCCUUAAAUUAGCAGAGCUGAACAUUGACAAAAAAGAGGGGGAUGCUGAUAAGGAAACACAGGCUUCAACAAAUCAACCUUCUGGAUCUCAGGAGGCACAAGAAAAGGGAGAAAGUUAACCUGUAAGAAACCUCUUGAACUAACGGGUGCUGCUCAACAGUUUUGGUGUUUCCUAAAGUCAUCAGAGUUUGUUCACAGAGUUUAAGAAAUUGAAACAUGGGUUCCUUAGAAGACUGGCAAUCUGGAAAUGGACUUGUUAUGCUUUGGACUGAAUAUAUCGUUACAUGCAAAAUGGACUCGACCUUCCUCUUUCUCAAUGGUUGAAGAGAUGCUGAUUUGAAUUAUUAAAGAAAAUGUGAUUUCUGGGUCAGUUACAUCCACAAUUAGCUUUAGCAGGAUGAUAGAACAGAUCAAAUAUCUGCUCGACUUGUCAGACUUCCAUGUGUCAAUAUGUGUCAUUAUCCAAGACAGAGGAUCCUAUUGCAUUUAAGGAAAGCGAUUCAGUGAUCGAGAGAAAACUAUAGGUGCCCUGAUCAAAGCACUAUAGUCAGGAAAGCUGAAAUGGUUUUCUUUUGAUUUUUGCAAGUGACCAGAAACAGUGUUUUACUGAUGCUUGUGAGCACUCAGUGCUGUUCACCUGAAUGUGUGUCAACCGGACUGUCUUUAAUCAAAAUGUAAUGGAAAGGAUAGGACUUUUGUAAUAUAACUGACCUGCUUGGAGCUUGCAGUAGUUGUUUGUAAAGAUUUGCUGUAUAAUAGUUUGUGUUGUAAGAUUUGUUCUUGGAUUACUUAAACAUCAAAGUCACCAAGCAAUUGCAUAAAGUUUCACAAGGAGACAGCCUGUGGGCACAUUCACGUCUUUGUAGCUUGCCAUAUUUAUAAUUUAGUUCCGUUUAGCAGUGUCUGUUAAAAGCUAAGCAUUCCCAGAGGCACGAUACCCAGUGCAGUUUAUUCAAUUCAAUACAAUUGUUUAUGAUACCUGUGAAAUAUUCAUUCUUCUUCAGCACCGCCGUUUUGGGAGAGACAAAAUGUAUCUUGAAAGAACAUUAUGAUUUUUAAUCAUAACCAGUUCAAAUAUUAAAGAAAGUAAUGAUCUUAACUUGAAACAUUUGCAUGUGUAUUUACAGUUGCUUUAAUUUCACAGAAUUAGCCCUUUAAUUAAUAUUAACACACACAUAUAUAUAUG